CGCUAAAUGCUAACCUGCCUGCGUAGUCCCGGAUCUCAAAACGGUCGCCCCACAUGGCAAGAAUAAUUCGUCAGUAUGUUGUGGUGCGCGAUUUCACAGGUCACCGUUUGGAUGAACUGAAGCUGAGGCAGGGUGAAAUUGUUCUUGGAGCUGAACGGUUUAAUGAUGGCUGGAUCAGAGGAAUUCGAAUCAGGGAUUGGGCUAUUGGUUUCUUUCCAUGUUCAGUCAUUCGUAGCAUGGGGGAAGGUAACUGGCUGUUUUUUGUGAAUCAGCUGUUUUAGUGUAUGGUUUUCAUUGUAGACUCAACAAGAACAAGAGUUGCUGAGGAACUACUGGCUACAGAAGAAUCUUACCUGGAACAACUGCUCAUUCUGGAUCAGCAUUUUGCUGCACCAUUAAAAACGUUCACCAUUAUUUCACCAGAAGAGUUUGGAACAAUUUUUGGUACUAUUGAGCCACUUGUUGGUUUGUCAAGAGACUUCUGUUCACAGCUGAAAGAGCGUUUUGUGACAUGGGAUCACUUAGAAUCAAAACUUGGAGAUCUGUUUUUACAGUUGGCACCUUUCUUCAAGUUGUUUGGCUCUCAUGCUAUUGGGUACACAAGUGCACUGGAAAUACAACGACGGUUGAAACAUAAUGGCAAAUUCACCAGUUUUAUUACUGAAGCAGAAGCAAACAGUGGGCACAUUCUAAGUGCACUUCUUAUUAUUCCAAUUCAACGGAUUCCACGUUAUGAACUACUAUUGAAAGAACUGCUGAAGCAUACUGACAAGGAUCAUCCAGACUAUGGUGACCUUACAUUGGCUCUAACAAAAAUACAAACAGUGGCUUCAGGAAUCAAUGAAAGUAUUCGUGCUAUAGAGAAUGAGCUACAACUUAUUAUAUUGACCAAGCGAUUUCCACAUGACCAAUUGCAUUUGAUUAAUGAAAGCAGGCAGUUCAAUUCACUAAGACUGAAGGCGUCUAGAACUCAGUCAAUGCGUGCAGUAAAGGAUAACCGAAAAUGGUUGCCUCAUUCAAGGACAGUGUCAGUGCCUGCUUUGAUGUACAUGGCACAGAGUGAUGAUAGACUCAAACUACUUGACUUUGGUCCUCGACGAGUUAUAAGAGAGGGAGCAGUACAGAUAAUUAAACCAGAGUCAAGAGAGACAACAGAAAGGUACUUGGUUUUGUUGAAUGAUUUGAUAUUGAUUUCUCAGUCUGUAAGCAAAACAAAACCUCAGUACAAGCUUAAAGAUAGAUCCCUGCUUGCUCAAGUUUGGAUUGAAGACAGCCAGAACUGUGAUGAUGAGUUAUCUGAUAGAGCUUUGGUUCUUGGAACUCCAUCGACAUUGCACAAAAUCAUUUUUUCGUCAACUGAAGAUAAGAAGCAAUGGUUUGAGGAUUUGUCCAAAUACGUUUGCGAACAGAAGCAAGCGGCAAUCUAUAUGCUCAAGGGUCUAGGCAUCCCAAACCAAGUUAUGUUGUCGUGCAACAUGAAGUGCAGAGUAGACUACAGAGGAUUGGAUGACUUUGAGUUGAAGUUGAAACAUGGUUCAGAAGUCAAUGUAUAUGGUGUUAUUGGAGAUGAUGGCAAAUGGAGACCAAGUCUCUUCCCUGAUGGAGAUGAAGUUAUGGAAUUCACAUGGUGGUAUGGUGAUGUUGGCAAAUCUGUUGGCUGGUUUCCUUGUGGCUGUCUAAUGGAGGCAGAUAAAGCGAUGGCAGAGAUAGAACUCAGUGAAUUAAAGCAGCUACCAAUGAAGCAGUUUCUCAGUGUAAGGAAGAAAUUUGCUGAAUGGACAGGGAAUACUUUUGAACGACUUCUGGACCCUGUAGUGAAAGUUCAUGGUACAGACAACUCAUACAAGGCAUUGAUAAUUCCAGACUCAGCUACAGCAGCAGAUGUGAUCAGGAUUUAUCUUAGCAGAAAAUCAUGCAUUGAGACAAAUGAAACUGUUUCAUGGUCUUUACGUGAGGUUUCAGCAGAUAAGUCAGUGAAUAUUUUAUUGUCACCUGAUGCUGUUCUUCCCAAGAGGAUAGACAGCUGGGGAUGCUGUAAGGACAAGAUGUCUUUUCAGCUUGAAGAGCAAGCAGGUUCUGAGGACUAGGCCUGGUGUGCUCAUACAUUGUGCUGUACAGUUCAAACUUAGCUGUCUCAUACGAGUACAUGUACAUAAGCAUUGGAAG